UGCGUUUCCGCGCUGUCAUUGUUUCCGUUUCCACCUCCGAGAAGCCUCACGCCUCCACAUAUCUUUUUUUUUCAAGCGUGUGAUCCGUUACAUUUCGUGUUAGUUUGAGCUCUCUGACUUUUGAGGAGAGUUGAUAUCUCUUUUUAUCCAACCAUGGGGGACAUCGAGGCUCCCAGCGCGACUCGGCCGCGCCAGACUGUCCUACUGUCUGUCCUCCCGAGCAAAGAGUUCGCCUCCUCAAGGAAAGGAAUGCUCCUUAUUGCUGAAGUGGCGCUGUCCUUUGUAUCAUUUGUGUGUUUCGCGGCAUCCACAGCAGCAGCCUUUGUGACAGUUCCCCUGCUGGAGUUCCUAGCUGCUCUAUUCUUGUUGUUCGCCUAUUCCACCAAAUUCAAUGAGAGGUUUAAAGGCUUCCUCUGGCCUCUCAUGGAUUUCAUGAGAUGUGUGACUGCCUCCAUUAUUUUCUUCAUCAUCUCCAUAAUGUCAGUAUCCAAAUAUCUGGACGGUGCCUCCAAGGCCGCUGGGAUAUUUGGGUUCAUUGCCACCAUCGUAUUUGCUUUAGAUUUUUACCUCAUUUUUAAUGAGCUAGCAACUUUCCUGAAGCAAGGAGGAGGGGAGUCCAAUGAGGAGCCAUCGAGACAGCAAGAUGAGUUUUCAGACUCUGACUCGGACUGAGACCACAGACCACCACCAGGUGUUCACCAGCAUGUUUGAUCAUCACAUAAUGGUCACAUUGAUUGUAUGUAAACUAAGUGAAUUUAUUGGUGGAUUCGAGACUUUCUCUCUAGUAUUAGAUCUUAUGUGAGUUGAAAACAAUCCCUCUCUUCUUCCCACUUUUUUGAAUUCUCCUGUUAAGCAUUCAAAGGUGGAAAUAUAUUUCACACAUCAAUCAUGCCCACAAAUUCAGAAAGUCUAAACUUAUGUGUAGAAUCUUUGUUGUUUUCCUAAAUGACUCAUUCAUUCUUAAUUAAAUGUAGUUGUUUUUCACGCCUAAACAUAAACCCAGUGUCUUUGAAGAUUUGGAAAAAAGACCUGAUAAUUAUAAAGCUGUGAAAUUGUUUGAAGAUACUGAGCUUUAUGAGCCUUUUGUACAAUCUGCAUGUGGGAGCAUACGUCUCAAACAGGAAAAUCAAUUAAUAAUGACUUAUGGGUAUGUACAGUGUCCCCUAUUUACAGAAAUACUGUAUCCAACAACACUAAAUGACUGUCCUUAGUGAAUACAUGUUUAGGAGUACUAACAGUGUAGUAGGUUAGUGCAGCAUUAUCAUCAUUUAUACAUUUGCAGUAUUGCAAUAAAAACACAUACUGUAUGUACAGUAUAUAAAAGAAACAGUUGGUUUGCGGUUGGCUGGUUACAACCUCUGUCCAAUUUUUUACAAGAGUGUAUUUUCUAGAAAUUGAGGAUAAUGUUUGCUUAUCUUCUUUGAAAUUCAAAUGUUGGAUCAACAGAGUUCCUGUGGCGUGUUGUACUGCAUAAGCACUUCUUUCUUGGUCCUUAUAUGGUUUACAUCUCCCAGAACUUUUAUUUUCAGAGUCGCCAUGAAUCAAAGCUACAUAAACAGUGACACAUUUUCAAAUUAACCCAAAGCUUGAGACGCUCUGCUCUAAUGUUUCCAUUUGUCUACUAUAUGUGCUUCGUGUAACCUGUGUGUGUAAAUUACACUUAUUGAAUUAUUAUUUUGUUAAAUUUUUGUUGCUUAAUAUGUGAUUUGUUUUGUUGUUAUACAUUUACUUUUUUUGCAUGCAUGUCAGAUUUUUCAGUAUUUCCACAAACAUUACUGAAGAAUUAGAUGCAGUAGAAAGCCACACUGACUGAUAUGUAAUAUACACUGCACUGCACCAGUGUUACAACAGCACUGUGAAUUUAAAGCGGAUGAAUCAGAGGCUCAAUAAAGUAAAAAGAAUAAUAAUAAAGUUGCAAUCAAUUGUU